GUUACUUUCAAUAGUUUUAAAAACCAACAAAGCGAACAAAAUUUCGCUUGCCUAUUAACUUAGAGGCCAUGAAAAAUUGCAGGUUUAGUCGGAAUUAAACCAAAACAUUAGCUAGCAAAUUGCGCCCCUGCGCGCCCUUAAACGGAGCUCUUGAACUGUAAAUUUGACUGGAAACGCAUUUGCAAUCGCGCGUUGAAGUAACUGCAUCAGGCGUCUGUAAAUAAGUUCUUGAAAAAAUGGCGGGCACUGGAGAGACAGGGCAUGGAGUGAGGAAUGCCGAGGAUCGAGCCCCACCAUGUCUUUAACACAACCAUUGUGUGUGCAUGCCGUUCAGCCAGCUAGCCACUCAGCGGGCUAAUUUGAAAUCAUCCCACAAUACAUCCUCCAGCCCGGUUUUUCCGCUUGGUACAACGAGAAAAAAACAGCGCAAACAAUUACAGCAAGCUCUGCCUUCACGGAUCGAAACGACUGCGCGUGAAAGAAGGUUUUGUUACAUUGUUGCAAAGCGCCGCUCAUCAGCUCCACUCUGUCAGAGAUCCUGCUAGCCACAUUCAGCUGUGUUUCCCCCCCCAAAAGACCAAUAUACAUCACCUUAACUGAAUAUAAACUUCGAUCGGAAUGCGCUAAACAGCCCCUGUAUUUGACCCACAUAAGGUGCAGUGAUGGCAUCAGAGGAGAAGAAGCCAGACAUAGAAACACAUAAGACACAUUCAGCAUCAGCAUCCUCCAAGUCUGCUCCUGUGAAGCCAAACUACUCCUUGAAGUUCACCCUCGCAGGUCACACAAAAGCUAUAUCAUCAGUCAAAUUUAGCCCUAGUGGUGAAUGGUUGGCCAGUUCAUCGGCAGACAAGCUCAUCAAAAUAUGGGGCGCUUUUGAUGCAAAAUUUGAGAAGAGUCUUGCAGGACAUAAACUUGGCAUAUCAGAUGUGGCCUGGUCUUCAGAUUCACAUCUUUUGGUGUCUGCAUCAGAUGACAAAUUACUGAAGAUCUGGGAUAUGACUUCGGGAAGAUGUCUGAAGACACUGAAAGGCCAUAGCAACUAUGUCUUCUGUUGUAACUUCAACCCACAGUCGAACCUUGUUGUUUCUGGAUCUUUUGAUGAGAGCGUACGGAUUUGGGAUGUCAAAACUGGGAAGUGUCUGAAGACCCUGCCUGCUCACUCGGACCCCGUCUCAGCGGUUCACUUCAACAGAGACGGAUCUAUAAUAGUAUCCAGUAGCUAUGAUGGUUUAUGCCGAUUGUGGGACACUGCGUCGGGACAAUGUCUGAAAACUCUUAUAGAUGAUGAUAACCCUCCUGUCUCAUUUGUGAAGUUUUCUCCAAAUGGAAAGUACAUUCUAGCUGCGACACUGGACAAUACGUUAAAGCUCUGGGACUACAGCAAGGGAAAGUGUCUCAAGACAUAUACUGGACAUAAGAAUGAAAAGUAUUGUGUGUUUGCCAAUUUUUCUGUGACUGGAGGAAAGUGGAUCGUCUCAGGCUCUGAAGACAACAUGGUGUAUAUCUGGAACUUGCAGACCAGAGAAAUUGUUCAGAAACUGCAAGGGCACACAGAUGUAGUGAUCUCGACAGCUUGUCACCCUACAGAGAACAUCAUUGCCUCUGCAGCCCUGGAGAACGACAAGACCAUCAAACUGUGGAAAAGUGAUCGUUAAGUUAAAGCACUGCACUUCAGAGGCUUUAGUAGAAACUUCAGAAUGAUGACUUCCAGUAGUGUCUGUCUUUUACAAUGGUUUGAUAGCACUUAGUGCAGGGUUAUUAUCUGAGAGAUGGGCAGGUCCUGUCUGCUCAGAAUAGCGACAAUCUCACUCGAGCCUUUUCCCCUUAAUAUACUCUAAUAAUCUACUGUAAUGUUUUCAGUUCAUUUUAAUUUAUUACCGAAGAACAAAUGUUUUCUAUCAAA